AUGACAGGAUAUGUUAAUAACGAUCAACUGUUAAUUCAUUGCUUCCAAGAUAGUCUGAUUGGGUCAGCUGCCAAAUGGUAUAACCAACUGAGCCGUGCCAAAAUCCACUCAUGGAAGGACUUGGCACAGGCUUUUAUGAAGCAAUACAACCAUGUAACAGACAUGACACCUGAUAGAAUUACACUGCAGAAUAUGGAAAAGAAGCAAAGUGAGAGCUUCAGGCAAUAUGCCCAAAGAUGGAGAGAGGUAGCGACGCAAGUCCAACCACCUCUUCUGGAAAAAGAAAGAACAAUGCUUUUCAUCAACACUCUGAAAUCCCCGUUCAUUAACCAUAUGUUGGGAAGCGUUCCCAUGAGCUUUUCAGAUAUAGUAAUGUCCGAUGAGAUGAUUGAAAACGCGAUAAGGAGUGGGAAGAUAGACGCGAGAAAAAGUGCCAAAAGAUCAACCGCGAAGAAAAAUGAAAAUGAAGUGAGUAAUGUGAGCAAAGGGUAUUCCAAAUCCGUCACUGUAGGCCAGCCGAGGGCCGUGACUACUAGUUAUCAAGGCACCUCAAGGCAAGAAUCCAACUCGACGCCAAACACAAAAAGACUCCAGUUCACACCCAUCCCGAUGACAUAUAGAGAGCUGUACCAGAAUCUAUUUGAUGCGCAUGUGGUAUCUUCAUUCUUCUCGGAACCCGUGCAACCUCCGUUUCAAAAAUGGUAUGAUGCGAACACUCAAUGUGAAUACCACGCGGGAAUAACAAGACACUAA